GCUCUGCCCUUAAUAACCGUCAUAGUAGGCAAAAAAAUCAAUGGAGACGAAUCCGUAGUAGUCACAACCAAUCCCCAAGUGGACAAUCCGAAAAAGGUCACUAUCGGAAUGCCCAGCCCCAACGCUCCCAUCAGGGCGCUGUUACGGGAUGGCCCCAAAUGGGCUUUAUACAUGAAAGGAGUCAUCGCGAAUUACAUAGGAAACAUCCCGCCUGCGUUCAAGGCAGUGGUACACACCAGUGUACCAACAGGUGGCGGUCUGUCGAGCAGCGCAGCACUGGAAGUUGCCACUUACAUGUUUCUAGAUCAACUAAUCGGCCCGAACUCAGUCAUGCCUACCGAUAAAGCACUAGCAUGCCAAAAGGCGGAACACGACUACUCCGGAAUGCCUUGCGGUAUCAUGGACCAGUUUAUAUCACUGAUGGGCAAAAAAGACCAUGCCCUUCUUAUAGAUUGCAGACAUCUAACUUCCACUCUUAUACCCUUGAAAGAUCCCGAUGUGGUAGUGUUAAUUGUAAAUUCCAACGUGAAACACGAACUAACGGGCAGCGAGUACCCCACAAGACGAAAACAAUGCCAGGAGGCUGCUUUGUUGUUAAAGAAGGUUAGUUUAAGGGAUGGGACAGCUGAAGACGUCGAGUACUUGAAGUCAAUAAACACCAACGAAGAGAUCAUAAAAAGGGCCAGGCAUGUCAUAACGGAGAUUCAAAGGACGACGGAGGGUGCGGCAGCCUUGAGAGAGAUGAAUUACAAGAAAUUCGGGCAACUUAUGAUCGAAAGUCACAUGUCGCUCAGAGACGACUAUAACGUGUCCUGCGAGGAGCUGGACAGUCUAGUGGAGUUAGCUCUGGAAGUCGAGGGGGUCCUAGGGAGCAGAAUGACUGGUGGUGGGUUUGGUGGUUGUACGGUUUCUCUGGUAUACUCACGAGUCGUGGACAAGGUGAUUAAAAAUAUUCAACAAAAAUACAAGGGAAAAGCGACGUUUUACGUAUGCAAGCCUAGUGCCGGUGCGGGAAAAGCUUGUGGAUGUCCAAAAGAUUAAGAAAAAACAAUAAAUAGGACCAAAAAUCAUGCUUUAAAAAUCCCAUGUAAUAUAUGUACUAAUAUUUUCAUAUGUCUUUAAUAAAUUGCUCAAAAACAA